CCAAGACGGACGGAGCGGAUACCUAAUUAUUUUUUGUGUAUAAAUGCGGAAUCUUAUCAUUUUAGCUUAGUUAGUCUUCAUUCUUCAACCUGACUUACUCGAAAGCCCUGUCACCAACCCAACAAUGUGCUAAUGAACACGUAAUACUUCACAGGAUCGAUUGAAGUUAACCACAGUGGAAUAUGAACUGCAUUGCAAGAGUAGUGUUAUUGUUUUUAUGAUCAAAAAAUGAUUCCAUCAAAUACGAUUUGCGUAUCGCAGGAGGGCCCGGCGAACGCGCUGGCUCUUAAUAAAGAUGCAUCUCAAGUGGUCAUAGCUGGAAGAAACGUGUUCAAAGUGUUUGCCAUUGGUGAAACAGAGUUCACGGAGGUGUGCAACCUGCGAGUUGGCAAAAACCUAAACCUCAACUUCUCUUCUAUUGAUGUGGCUUGGAACUCUAUUGAGGAAAACACCAUAGCCACCGCUGCUACAAAUGGAGCUGUCGUGGUGUGGAACCUCGGGCGCUCCGGGCGCUCCAAACAGGAGCAUGUGUUCUCUGACCAUAAGAGGACUGUUAAUAAGGUGAGCUUUCACCUAACGGACCCGGCACUGCUGAUAUCCGGUUCUCAGGAUGGCACCAUGAAGUGCUUCGAUCUACGGAUGAAAGAAGUCGCCAGAACUUUCAUUAGUAAUACAGAAUCAAUACGGGACGUCCAAUUCAGCCCCCACCAGGCACAUACAUUCGCUGCCGUUUCCGAAAAUGGUUCCGUCCAGUUAUGGGACGUCCGUCGUCCCGAGCGCUGUGUGGUACAGUUCACCGCGCAUUCUGGACCGGUGUUCGCCUGUGACUGGCAUCCUACUGCCCCUGCCUUAGCCACGGCAUCCAGAGACAAGACCAUCAAGGUAUGGGACAUACACGGGAAGCCUACGUUAGAGCACACGAUAUACACCAUCGCGUCCGUCGGACAUGUCAAGUGGCGCCCACAUCGCAAACACCACGUGGCAUCCUGCGCUCUAGUGCUAGAUUGCGCCGUCCACGUGUGGGACGUACGUCGCCCCCACGUUCCCUUAGCCACGUUCGCGGAGCACAGAGACGUUGCGACGGCCGUCGCCUGGCUGCCGACGUUAGACGCGUUCCUGUCCACCAGCCGAGACUGUUCCCUAUACCGCCACCGCUUCAACGAAGCGGCUCACCCGGUCCUCUGGGCCAACCCUCAGGGCGUCAGCAUCUCCGCGCGCGGCGAGCUGGCCUCCGCCGUGCCCGAGGCCCCGCUGCCCCCCCUGCCCACGGCCCCCCUCCCCGACGAGAGGCACCUCCCCGGCUUGGGUCGCAAGCAGCCCCGCGCGGGCUCGCUCACGGCGGCCGCGCAGGCCACCCUCGAGCGCGCCUUCCCCGACGGCGCCGCCUCCGUGCUGCGCCGCGCGCGCGCCCCCGCGCAGCCGCUCGCCGCCUGCGCCGCGCAGUACAGGCUGCACGGCGCGCCGCCGCACGAGCUGGCGACGCACAACGCCGAGGUGGCGCGCGCCCACGACCGCCACAUGGUGGGUCACGUGUGGGACGUGGUCCGCUGCGUGUACCGCUCGCGCGCGGCCGAGGCUCGGCGCGCGCCCGCCCCGCCGCCGCCCGCGCCCCCGCCCCGCGCGCCGCCCGUCGCCGCCGUCUCCUACAGUGCCGUAGAAGAGGAACCGAUGGAGGAAGUAGAAGAAUGGGCAGAGAACCAAUUCCACAACAGCGGAGUCCUAGGACUUCCCACACACAGCAUCUACGUGCCGCCCUCUCGACUCCUGCGCCGCGAUGAUGAAACAGCGGGUUGGGUGUCAGCAGCGUCAGCGCACUAUGUGGACGUGGAGGCGGCCAACUGGACACUUCCGGAGGAGGCCUUCCCGCUACGCGCGCCCGCGCACGCCGUCACCCCGCCCCCCACCGACGACCACGCGGGUGGUAUAAUGGCGGGCGGAGCGUCGCCGGGCGGCAGCGCCUCCACCGGCUCGGGGCCGGCCGCGGAGCCCGUCUACAGCCACACCUCCGUACCGCUCGAAGAGACCUCGAACUCCGGCUCGGGCUCCGAAGGCGAGCUGUCGGUCCGCGCGGAGCCCCUGGUGUCGCGGCUGGACACGGCGCCGCUGCUGGCCGCCGCGCUGAAGGCGCACGCGGCGCUCGGCGACGUGCAGACCGCCGCCACCGUGUGUCUCGCUCUGCAGGAGCACAGAUCGGAUCUGUUCCCGUACAUAGACGAGGCGUUACAAGAGCAGUGGCUGCUGGGUUACAUCGAGCUACUGCAUAGGCAUAAACUGUGGAAUGUCGCUACUGAGGUGAUCCGCUGCGCGUGGCUAGGCUCCGUUCGCGCACUGUCCCAACAGUCCACCAGCAUAGCGGCGUGCUGCGGCCGCUGCGCGCGCCGCACGAGGCCGCACCAGCCCUGCGACCGAUGCCACGCGAGGGGGAAGGCGCGAUCUGCACCUGAUCUCUGUGCUGUGUGCCACCAGGUGGUCCUUGGCCUAUACGCCUGGUGCCAGGGCUGCGCGCACGGCGGGCACCUGGCGCACAUGCGCGGCUGGAUGGAGACGCACCGCGUCUGCCCCGCGGGCUGCGGCCACCAGUGUCAGCUGGGCUGAACUGCUCUUAUACGUACCAUGGGAAUGAGAGGGCCACCGCAUUUAAUUUCGCCGCUAGGGGCGCUAGUGUAGGUCUAUCAAAAUGUCAAAAAAAAAAAAAAACAGACAGUUACAGUCCAUAGUUGUUAGUAUGCAAAGAAAUUUUGGUAGUUUCGAGCUUUGUUAUCGGGGAAUUUUCACUCCUCAUUCAUAAUGAGGGCUAUCGUUUUUUUGCUCACCAGUUGGCGCCUCUGUUGAUGGUGGUCCAAAAGACUAAAGAACAGCUGUCAGUCAUUGAAGUGACAAGUGACAUUUGACAUUUCGAACGAUGGAAAAGACCACCAUCUACACUAGCGCCCCUAGCGGCGAAUUCAUACGCGUUAACCCUCAUUGUGGUAAAUCUUUGUCCAUCUUUGAUUAAUCAUGGUAAAGCUAUUAUUUGGUUCAGGUACAAUUUGGGACUACAAUUUUUAUACACGAAUUCAAUAUCUAUCAUACCUUUUUUGACAAUAGAUUAAUUGUCAUGAAAAAGCAGAAUGACCCUUAUAAGCUUAUUAAUUAUUCAUCUAGCUAGCUAAAUGCAUGCCAAGUUUCAUACUUUCUGCCGAAUAGCACUAGGAAACUAAGUUAUGACUUAGUGAUUACACAAAAUAGCUAUUGCUAAUCAUCAAGUCCCAGAGACAUUUUUGCAGAAUUGAAUUUGGAACCUUAGUUCGUUAAUUUUGUUCUUUUAAAAGGACAUCGGGACUUAAAAGGAUUACAUGAGCAAAGUUGGUGCUAUUUCCUAUUAUUAAGUAACUCAACCCCAUUUCAAUUUGUGAUGAUCAAAAGUUCAAUGUUGCUCAAUAAUGAACUCUAUCACUUUGGCAAUAGUUGUUUUCAGAUAUUGUGUAAGACUAGUCACACAUCCUAGUCUUGGUUUAUUGGUUUUUUUAAUAGUAAGACAACCGUGAUUUCAUAAUUAAAUUUUGUGUUAAUGGUUAAACC